UGAUGACAAAGAUUGGGCCAUAGACCGACAAAAGUUUUACAGAUCAAUCUCCACAACCAACCGUUUUCUUCUCUCUUAAAGCUUUUCCCAGAAAAACUGCACCAACAAAGUUAAAAAAUUGAGCCGUUUGUCUCCAGCUCUUCCCCACUUCACUCCUUUCUAAAAAACAGUGAUAACCCUUCUCUCCAUUUCCCCUCAUUUCCUUGCUUUCUUCUGUGGAUAAUGUAAAUCCAUUAGCCAAAUCAAGAACAAUACCCUUCUUUAUUUCCAAAAACCCACUUUGAAAAACCUCAAUACAUGGCUUCCCGAACCUUCUUCAAUGUCCUUUUCGUGUUUGGUUCAUUCUUUGCUGGUUUGUGUUUCGCUGAAGACCCAUUGGUUACAUAUGAGUUCGUCGUCUCCUACAUUACCGCUUCUCCACUCGGUGUCCCUCAACAGGUGAUUGCUAUUAAUCGAAAGUUUCCAGGACCUGUCAUUAAUGUUACUACUAACAACAAUGUUAUUAUCAAUGUUCGGAACAAACUAGAUGAGGGUUUAUUAAUGACUUGGUCUGGGAUUCAGCAAAGGAAAAGUUCAUGGCAAGAUGGUGUAUUGGGUACUAAUUGCCCAAUUCCUCCCAAAUGGAACUGGACUUACCAAUUUCAGGUUAAGGAUCAAGUUGGGAGUUUCUACUACUUUCCAUCAACCAAUUUUCAGAGAGCUUCGGGUGGAUUUGGCGGUUUUAUUGUCAACAAUAGAGAUGUAAUACCGAUUCCUUUCGACACCCCUUACGAAGAUAUCGUUAUUCUCAUUGGCGAUUGGUAUACUUCAAACCACACGGCUUUAAGGAGGACACUUAAUGGUGGAAAGGAAUUAGGGAUGCCAGAUGGUGUUCUUAUUAAUGGAAAAGGCCCUUAUAGAUAUAACACUACAAUUGUUCCUGAUGGAAUUGAUCAUGAAACAAUUGAAGUUCAACCAGGGAAAACGUAUCGUGUUCGUGUACAUAAUGUCGGGGUGUCCACGAGUUUGAAUUUUCGGAUUCAGAAUCAUAACCUUCUUUUAGCGGAAACUGAAGGGUCGUAUACCGUUCAACAAAAUUAUACUAGUUUAGAUAUUCAUGUAGGUCAAUCCUAUUCGUUUUUGGUAACGAUGGAUCAAAACGCAAGUACCGAUUACUAUAUUGUAGCUAGCGCUAGAUUCGUCAACAGGACUGAGUGGCAAAGAGUUACGGGUGUUGGCAUAUUGCAUUACACUAAUUCAAAGGGGAAGGCAGAUGGGCCUCUUCCCGACGCUCCCAAUGAUGAGUUCGAUAAGACUUACUCGAUGAACCAAGCUAGAACUAUCAGGUGGAACGUAACUGCCAGUGGUGCUCGUCCGAAUCCACAAGGGUCGUUUAGGUACGGAUCGAUUAACGUAACUGAGUUAUACGUGUUAAAGAAUACAGCACCCGUGACCAUAAAUGGUAAACAUCGAACAACGCUUAGUGGGAUCUCAUUUGUCAAUCCCGCGACCCCAAUUCGACUUGCGGAUAAAUACAAGGUGAAGGGGGUAUACAAGCUUAACUUUCCAACACGACCACUUACAGGGCCGCCAAUUAUGGAAACAUCGGUUAUAAAUGGAACGUUUAGAGGGUUUAUGGAAAUCAUACUUCAAAACAAUGACACAAAAAUGCAAAGCUACCAUUUGGAUGGAUAUGCCUUCUUUGUUGUUGGGAUGGAUUAUGGCGAGUGGACGGAUAAUAGUCGAGGCACUUACAAUAAAUGGGAUGGUAUUGCUCGAUCCACAACUCAGGUUUUCCCCGGAGCAUGGACCGCGAUCUUGGUCUCCUUGGACAAUGUUGGAGUGUGGAACUUGAGGUCUGAGAAUCUCGACUCAUGGCAUCUUGGGCAAGAAACCUAUAUCAGAGUGGUUAACCCCGAGGCAACUAAUAAGACUGAAUUGCCCAUGCCCGAUAAUGCUCUAUUUUGCGGUGCACUUGCCAAAAUGCAAAAACCUCAAGACAUUUCAUCGGCAACAUUGAUUUUGGGGAGCGGAUUUGGGCGAUUCCUUAACGUUAUGGUGGUUGUGAUGUGUGCGCUAAUUCGAGUGUUGCAUUGAACCGGUAGAGAACUAAUUGUGUGGUCUUGUAAACUCGAGUUAUAUAGUGCUGUUCGAGUUGGUAUGAAUUAAUUUUUCAUUGGGAUUUUUUUGGUGUUUGUUGUUGUGGUUUAAUGUUUUUAUUGAUUUGGAUUGAAUUCUUUGAUAACCUUGGAUUGACUUCAUUUAAUUAAUUCCUACUUUAGAUUUGCAUUAAA